AUGAAGGGCCCCCUCGCCUACCUCUCCGCUUUUGCUCUCUACACCUUCGCGGCUUCAGUCUCGGCUGUCAGCCCUAUCACUACGCACGUCCUCGACGCCAAGCUCGGUCUCCCUGGAUCUGGUGUGCCCAUCACCCUCAAGGUGACAGCCGGAGUGAUUGCUCGCUGCACUACCGAUGCCGACGGCCGUUGCAACUCACUGCUCCCAGAUAGCUAUGUUCUGAAGCGUGGUGUCUACACUGCAUUCUAUCCGUUUGCCGACAUUACUUUCGAGAUCGAGACUCCUGCUCCUCACUACCACAUCCCGCUCAACCUGGCUCCGUACUCAUUCACUACUUAUCGUGGCUCGUAAGUGC